GACAAGAAUAAGCUUCAUCUCAUUCGGUGGGACAGUUGUAAGGCUUCCAAAAGCAGAGGCGGGCUGGGUAUUCUCGAUCUCAAAUGUAUGAAUUCUGCUCUCCUUGCAAAAUGGUUCUGGAAAUAUGCUGUUGAUCAGUCCGCGUGGUGGCGUAUGAUGAUUGACUGCAAGUUCCCUCCCUCCCUCUCUGAUUGGAGGCCCGGUUCGAGUGGCGGUCCCAUUGGUUGUUCCUUGUGGAAGAGUAUUUUAAAAGAAGAAAACCUGUUCUGGAAUUAUGCUUCUAUUAAUCCAGGUGGAGGCGGUUGGGUUUCAUUUUGGAACGACUGUUGGAUACCGAAAAUGAUUCUGAAGGAUUCCUUUCCCAGGGUUGCGGCGGCCUCCUCAAACCUUGACGUCUGGGUAUCUGAAGACCUGCCACAAUUAAUUGGAGCCUCUGCCCAAAAGGUUUCUCGGUGAAUUCCAUGUACCAAGCCCUCAACCAGGAGAGAUUUCCGGGCAGCGACAGUUUCCCGUUCAGAACCGUGUGGCGAUCCGAGGUUCCAAUGAAGGUGAAAGCCUUUCUCUGGCUUGUCACGCAUGAGCGCAUCCUUACGCAUGACAACUUAAAGAGGAGAGGUUGGAAUCUGGCCAGCAGAUGUGCUCUCUGCAACUCGGAGGAGGAGAACAUCGACCACCUGUUCCGUCAUUGCUCCUUCUCUAGCAAAAUUUGGUCCAUCCUCCAGCUGAUGAUUGAGUUCCACGGACCCUUUCCCGACCGUUUCGUGUUGCUCAUCAGGUGUUGGAGUCGUUGCAGCCAAACCCAAUGGAAGAAUGACUUUGCAUCUGGUCUCUUACAUGCCUUCUCCUGGGAGAUAUGGAAGGAGAGGAAUGCCAGGAUUUUCCACGAUAAAUCGUCCCAUUGGCGCGUGAUCCUUCAUAAGAUUUGCAGAGUUCUUUUGAGUUGGGUUAGGGCAGCUGGAAUUUUGAAUGAUGAUCGCCGGACAGAGUGGCUUGCUCUUAUGCAUCAGUGUUGCCCGCUCCCUUUCGUUGGAAAUUCUAGUCUUGAAGCUGGUUCCUAGGCCUUCCGGUUGCCGGCGUGUUGGGAGUGCUGGUUUCUUCUGUCUUCUUUCUUGUCCUUUUUGCUUCCCCUUCCUGCAGAAGCGGUCUGGUCCGCUGAGCAGGUUUUGGUUUUUGUUGCUUUCGGAUCAAUUCUCUUGAUCCUCCUUGUAUCAAACUCUUCGUUUCUUUUAAUUUUUAAUCAUCACCUUUAUCAAAAAAAAAAUAAUUAAAUCGGAUGUUGAAUUAAAAAAAAUUUA